CUUUUAACCGGUCCUGGUUGAUACUAGACGAAUGGCUCUGUAGUGUUAUGUCAUCCCAUUAAUGCUAGCUGCUAGCUUAGCUUCCGACAGUGUUUUCAGUUUCAUGAAACAUAAGAUUUUGCUGUUAUACUUGGUAACCUCUAAACAGCGGUGUCAAGAACAAUGAAAACAGCGGAUUAAAAUGAAAUUGCGUGUGAACUGUGAAAACAUGUCAAGAAAACAGACGUCAAAACCUCAGAAGACCAACAAGAAGAUGGAGUUGGAGCGCAAGAGGGAUGAGAGGGCGGCUCGCAAGGCCAUCGCGAAAGACCGUAAGAACCAGCCUCACUCUGGCAACGGAGGAGCAGAGUUCCUCAGUUUAGCCAAUCAGCUUCUGGCUCUCGGGCUCAGGCUGAGAGAAGUCCCAGGAGAUGGGAACUGCCUGUUUCGAGCUCUGGAUGACCAGUUGGAAGGCCACUCUCGGAAUCACCUGCAGCUGAGGCAGGAAACAGUCCAGUAUAUGGGGAACCAUCGGCAGGACUUUGAACCAUUUGUUGACAACAGCUUGCCAUUCGCAACACACUUGCACAACCUGUCUCAGCCUGGUACGUUUGCUGGCAAUGAUGCCAUUGUGGCAUUUGCUCGCUGCCAGCAAGUAAAAGUGGUCAUCCAUCAGCUGAACACACCACUGUGGGAGAUUAACGGCACAGACAAGCCUGUGGUCAGAGAGCUGCACAUCGCCUAUCGCUACGGAGACCAUUACGACAGUGUUCGGCGGAUUGGGGACAACACAGAGACACCAGCACAGCUUCGCAUCGAGCACCUGCAUGACUCUGGCGGCAACCAGCGAGACUCCCCGUCUCCAUCGGCAGAAGACGACAACGUGAUCCUGAGCUCCAUCAGGAAUCGAGGAAGUCACAGUGAUGAGGAGAACCUGCACCAGCUCACAGCAGCAACCAUCAACAGUGACUGGCUGUCUGGUUCCUGUGCCAACUGUGGUUCAGGGUCAAGCUGCAGGGCCAACUCCGCACAGUGCAGUGAGAACAAGCCACCGGCAGAGAACAGCAACACACCGAGGCCUAAGAUGUCCAACAAGCAAAGGAAAGAGCAUCAGCGACUGGAGAAGAAGAAACGGCAGGAGGAGCGACACAGACAGAAGGUUCUGGAUGCCAGAGGAGGCCAGGAUCAGAACCAAAACCUUCCUGAUAACGUUACCAUCAUACACGCUGUCAACACUCUCAGUAUAUAGAAGGGGGCCAAAUCAUCUCCUGCUGCUUCAGCUGCCGUUUACGGAAGCUUCCUAUAACGUUUGCACAGACUUUGGUCCGAGAGGAAGCAGGCGGUCAGAGGAACCCUGUGCCUGCAGCUGCAUGAGAGAUGCACCAGAGCUGUUUUGAGUGUGUAGGAGCGCCUCCAGUGGCCAAGGGCUUCACGCUGGCAGUUUCUUGAGUUCAUCCAGAGGUUCCGACCGAAGAACGGGGACAAUGUAAGGGACGUGGCAAUAAAGAAAGAACAUCCAAUAUGUAACAGUGUUACAUGACUUAAUCAAACGUGACCUGGUUGUAGAACAACCCAGCUCUUUAGUCAGUCAAAGCUUUGCUUUCCACUGAGGUCAAAGAAAAUCCACAGAUACAUUUCUUUUGCUUACUUGUUAGACUGUCAUGUUGUGUGUAUACUCACCACUUGGAACAUGAAUCGGGAUCUAUCUGCAGGAAGAAGCUGUUAAUUUCUAAUAAAGUAUGC